GAGGCGCCGGGCGCGCGCACGCUCCCUUAAGUUUAACGGUCGCGAGAGGCCGCUCGCCCGACCCUGAAUUGGAUCGGCAGCCAGACUCUUGGGAGCUUAAAAUAUCUCACAGUUCUGAAUGUUAGCAACUGAAAAUGCCUGUAGAUGAUGGAGCAUCUGAAGAUGACUCGGAUUCGGUUUCUUCGAACAGUGAAAGAACCUACGCUUUCAAACAAGAGAGCAUAACAAUUUCUGUACACUAUGGAAGAUUUUGACCUGGUGCAACUCUCACAAAAAACUUCAUCUUCUGUAGAAUCUGAUAUAAAAAAUUCUCCCUACUCUCUUGGACUGAACUUAAGUACUAAUAGCAGUAGUCCCCACCUUAGUACAAAUGGGGUAUCCUCUUUCUCAGGGAAGACCAGACCAUCUGUAACUCAAGGGACAGUUGAAGUCCUAACCUCUUUAAUGCAAGAGCUACAAAACGGUGGGAAGACUGAUUUGGAACUUUGGAAAAACUGUGAGGCCAGGUGGUUACAGCUGUUCAGGUUGGUGGAGACCCGGCGCCAGGAACACACAGCUGCCCGGCGGGAACAGUUCCACAGCCAGCUUCAACGGAUACAAGAGGAGAUAAAAAAUUUAGUCAAGUUACAGAGCAGUAAUGCUUCGUGGGCUUCCGGUGAUAGAAGUUCUGUAAGCAAACACAUAUCUUCAGAAAGGCAGAUGGGUUUUUUUUCUGAAAACAGUGACAGAAAUGAAUCUGUUCUCAGUUACCCACAGUCUAAAGAACCUGACAUGCAGCAAGAAGCAUCCUCAUCACAGCCCGACUGCACUGUGGACAGUAGCUCAGUGAGCAGUGGGUAUGGGACCUGUUGUGUCUCCGAGCUAAACACCUGCACCUCGAAGGGCCCCCAGGAGUUCAUGGAGCACGCGGAGGCUCCUGCAGGGCAGUGUGGGGUGCCCGCGGUGCGGACCUCGUCUCUCGUGGACUGUGGAAAACACAAGCGUUUCUACAUACAUUCUCCUGAAGAAUUUGGUGCCUCAUUAAAGGAAGAUAUUGCCAUUUUUCCUGGUGAAUUUGAACACAGCUUUCUUGGUGAAAGUAAGAUUCUGGAAGUAUACGGUGGAAAAACAAAUAGUAAUAAAGCUAUAACAUCAUGGGCGCAAAAGCUGAAGCUGACCCACCCAAAGGGGGCACAUGCGGAAGGGGGACGUCCCAGAUCCUGGCAGGGAGCCGAGCAGCCCGGGACAGCGCCGCUGGAGAAAUCGGAGUUCGCUGCUGCUGCACAGCCUCGUGCUUUUUACCUCAGUAAACCGGAUGAAAGUCCCAAUUUUUGGAUGUCUGAUUCCAGAACAGGCCGGACUUACUGGGACCUGGAGGAGAAAGACACGGGCCGGUCUUUGCCUCAGCCCUCGGCCCCGCCGUGCGCCCCGCCCUCCUCCACCGGCACGCCGGCCAGCCAGUCUGAUGCCGGUAACGAGCCGAAGCUGCCAUCACUGAAGGACAUCUACCAUAGAAGGCACAGGGAAAGCAAGCAGUCACCCGAGAGGAGUCUCCCUGCUGCGUCCAGCCCAAACCAUCCGCCCGAGGUGCUGACUCUGGACCCAACGCUGCACGCGAAGCCGGAGCAGCAGGCUCCAGGGGCCCCACCCCCGGGCGCUCUGGGCGCCCUCCGCGGCAGGACGUCCUCGCCCGACUCUGUCCUGGCGCCCAGCGCUUCUGGCCGCUCUGACUUCGACUCCCUUUCACAAGCAAGUGACACCGCUUCUCUGUCGUCUGGGCUCCCGAGAUGCCCCCCGAAUGCGAAAGCCUCGCCGGCGCCCUCCUGGAGAGACCACGCCUUCCCCAGUGCCAGCCGGGCGAGCUCCACCUUCCCCUCCGUCUACACCGUCACCAGCGACGGCGGCUCGGGCGGCACCGCGGGAGAGGACAGCGCUGUGAUGGUGACUCCCGCCUCGGUCAGCCGGUCCCGGCUUCCGGGCGCCGCCCGCGACGUCCCAGAAUGCAUUUCCCUGGCGUCCCUGGAAGACCCUGUGCUGCUGGCCAACGUCAGGCAGACCCUGAAGGAAAAGCAUGCCCGGCACAUCGCAGACCUUCGAGCGUAUUAUGAGUCAGAAAUACACAGCUUGAAACAGAAGCUGGAGGCAAAAGAAAUUUCUGCAGUUGAGGAUUGGAAGAGAACCAAUCAACUUCUUGUAGACAGAUGCGGCCAAUUAGAUGGUGCUCUGAACGCAGCCACUAGUCGUGUGAGGACACUUGAAAGUAAGAACAACCUACUAGAAAGAGAAGUGAGUGAUUUCAGAGAACGCCUCAGGGCAGCCAGCAGCGCCUCCAGAAUCCUGCAGGAACGCAUCGAGGAGAUGAGGACAAGCAAUAAGGACAAAGACAACACCAUCAUCCGCCUGAAAUCUAGACUGCAGGGUUUGGAAGACGCAUUUGAGAAUGCCUACAGGCUCUCCGAUGACAAGGACGCCAGGCUAAAGCAGGAAAACAAGAUGUUUCAGGAUCUGUUAGGAGAGUAUGAGUCCCUUGGAAAAGAACACGAAAGAGUGAAGGACACAUUAAAUACAACAGAGAACAAAUUGCUUGAUGCACAGACUCAGAUUUCUGAUUUGAAAAGAACGAUUUCAAAACUUGAAGCUCAGGUCAAGCAAGUAGAGCAUGAAAACAUGUUAAGUCUCCGUCAUGAUUCCAGAGCUCCCGCGAGACCCUCACGUGCCAGCGCACUGGCUACCUCGGACGUCAGCAGGCGUAAGUGGCUGAUCCCCGGCGCGGAGUACUCCAUCUUCACGGGCCAGCCCCUGGACCCCCUGGACCCCCAGAACCGGGCUGCGGCCGGCCAGCCGGGGGAAAGCCGUGUUCCUGGGUGCCCUUCUCCUCCGGAAAAGGAUUCUCUACCCGGGAGCUCACCAGCAGACUUACCCAUGAAGAAACAGGGAGAGACUUCAGACGCACCCAUCAUGAGAGCUUUGAAAGAACUCGACGAAGAAAAGAUGUUUAAAAAUUGGGGCACACAGACAGAGAAAGAGGACACUUCGAAUAAAUUAGCGAAUCCUCGGCAAACGGAAACGUCUGUGGGAACAAGCCGCACCCCAGAGAAGUGCGCGCAGCAGAGGCACCGGAGACUGAGCUCCGCCGCGCAGAGGGCGUCAUCCUCGCCGCCUCCCCACCGCAGGUCCAGUGCUCCAGCGAAGAGAGAGAUUAUGUUAACACCGGUGACCGUGGCUUAUAGUCCAAAGCGGUCCCCUAAAGAAAAUUUGUCCCCAGGAUUUAGUCAUCUACUUAGCAAAACUGAAAGCAAUUCAAUUCGAUUUGAUAUACUUUUGGAUGAUUUAGAUACUGUUCCUGUGUCGACAUCACAACGUGCCAAUCCAAGAAAACUCCAGUUUCUUCCUCUAGAUGACUCCGAAGAAAAAAAAUAUUCUGAAAAAGCCACCGACACCCAUGUAAAUCCUAACUCGUCCCCCGAACUGUUGCCAAGUGGGGUGAAGGCGGCGUACGGGAGGCCGGCCUGGGGGACGGGCGAGCCUGGCGGCCAGCAGUGUGAGCCCACGCCCACGCCCACGCCCACGCAGGACUUCCAGUACACAUCGAGCAUCAGGACCCUGGCCGAAACUGAGCGGUUUUUUGACGAACUUACAAAAGAAAAGGACCAGAUUGAGGCGGCCCUCAGCCGGAUGCCUUCUGCUGGAGGACGAGUCGCUUUGCAGACGAGGCUGAAUCAGGAAGCCUUGGAGGACCGUCUGGAAAGGGUCAACCGAGAGCUGGGCUCCGUGCGCAUGACGCUGAAGAAGUUCCACGUGCUGCGCACCUCUGCCAACCUCUGAGGCUGUCGCAUUCAACUGAGACACUUCGCGCCGACGUGUAACUGCGCUCGGAGGAGGCAGACCGUUUUAUACUGUCGUGGGGCUGCACGCCGGACGUUUGCAAUCAUGCUAUUCUCGACACGUGCUGUUUUAUACUUCAGAUGGCCACAUAUUUUCAAGAUAUUUUUGUUACGCUCAGGAAUCUCUUGUAUAUUUUACUAUUUAAAAAGUAUUAUUUUUAAAUAGUAUAUGUCUCCAGUUUAUAUCAAGAAUAAGGAAGUGUGACCGGGAAGCAGCUUGUCCUAAGCAAAUAGUGCUCAUCCUUCUAGUUACCUUGGCGCACCAGUUGUAUAAAUCUUCCACAGCGUGAAUAUGAUUCUUUUAAAAAAUA